GCAGACUUGUUGAUCUUCGGGCGAACCACUGGUGCGAAAUGCAGAGCAGGAAACCGGCGGGUGAGCAGUAGAUCGUGCUGAGGAAAUCUCUGCCAUGUCGGAGGCAGAGGAGGGGGAAAUGGAUUGGGUUAGACCCUGGCAAUAGUAAACCAAUAACGACGCCUCCUUUUUUAAAUGCUUCAUCUCCGUUUGUGCCAGCGGAUUGUAUGUUCACAGAGCGCUACGUGCUGGUUUGAUUCAGUGCAGGAUGACAACAACUCACUACGGUAUUGUUUAUACAAUAAUGAAAGGAAACAGGACCAACUGUAGUCCAUAGCCCUGGAUGUUUGCCUGAUUCCUCAACCUAAAGUCAUCAUGGAGAAGUCCUUGGAUUUGAACAAAGAUGCCUCCCGCUCAACAUCAUCGUUACCACCUGAACCGGUGGACAUCAUUCGCAGCAAGUCAUGUUACCGCAGAGUACGGCUGAAUGUUGGGGGUCUCCCGCAUGAGGUCUUGUGGCGAACGUUAGAUAGGCUACCACGGACACGUUUGGGAAAGUUAAGAGAUUGCAACACCCAUGAUUCUCUGAUGGAAGUGUGCGAUGACUACAACCUCGAGGAGAAUGAGUACUUUUUUGACCGACAUCCUGGGGCUUUUACUUCAAUUCUGAACUUCUCCCGCACAGGUAAGCUGCACAUGAUGGAAGAGAUGUGCGCCCUGUCCUUCAGUCAAGAGCUUGACUACUGGGGCAUCGACGAGAUCUACCUGGAGUCCUGUUGCCAGGCGAGGUACCACCAGAAAAAAGAGCAAAUGAAUGAGGAGCUCAAACGAGAGGCCGACAAUAUGAAAGACAGAGAGGGAGACGAAUUUGACAACACCUGUUGUGCAGAAAAACGUAAGAAACUCUGGGAUCUCCUGGAAAAGCCCGGCUCAUCUGUUGCAGCAAAGAUACUGGCCAUCAUCUCCAUUCUCUUUAUUGUGCUAUCCACCAUUGCCUUGUCUCUGAACACCCUCCCAGAGCUGCAGGAAACAGAUGAGUUUGGCCAGUCCUCAGAUAACCCACAACUGGCCCACGUGGAAGCUGUAUGUAUUGCCUGGUUUACAAUGGAGUACCUGCUCCGCUUCCUCUCCUCUCCAAGCAAGUGGAAGUUCUUCAAGGGUCCUCUGAAUGUCAUUGACCUGCUAGCAAUUUUGCCCUACUACGUUACCAUCUUCCUGACAGAAUCCAACAAGAGUGUACUGCAAUUUCAAAAUGUUCGCCGCGUGGUGCAGAUUUUUCGGAUCAUGCGUAUCCUGCGUAUCCUGAAGCUUGCUCGUCACUCUACAGGUCUUCAGUCGCUGGGGUUCACUCUUAAGAGGAGUUACAAUGAGCUGGGCCUGCUUAUCCUAUUCUUGGCCAUGGGCAUCAUGAUCUUCUCCAGUCUAGUGUUUUUUGCUGAGAAGGAUGAGGAAGAUACAAAGUUUAAAAGCAUUCCAGCUUCUUUCUGGUGGGCUACUAUUACUAUGACCACAGUAGGCUAUGGUGAUAUCUACCCAAAAACUCUACUAGGAAAGAUUGUGGGGGGUUUAUGCUGCAUAGCUGGAGUACUGGUUAUUGCCCUACCUAUUCCCAUUAUUGUAAAUAACUUCUCUGAAUUCUACAAGGAGCAGAAGAGGCAGGAAAAAGCACUCAAACGAAGAGAGGCCCUAGAGAGAGCAAAGAGAAAUGGUAGCAUUGUCUCAAUGAACUUAAAAGAGGCAUUUGCUCGUAGUGCAGAAUUAAUGGAUGUGGUGGUAGAGAAGAGCGAGAGGCCUCAUGACAACCAUCUUUCUCCAAGUCAUUGGAAAUGGACUCCCAAAGGAGCUGCAUCGGAGACAAGCUCAAACCGUUCCUUUAAUGCACAUGAAGGCUCUCCCGACAAGGGCCGAGACACCAGUCCUCAGAGGAUAAAUGUUCAGAAGCUCGAGGAGAUGUACAACCAAAUGGCCAAGACACAAUCCCAGCCAAACCUCAAUGCUAAAGACAGGGGCUCUAGAGCUGGCAAACAGAGGGACGAGAUAGAAUUGGGGGCCAUCCAGGAUCACAGGCCAACGGUGCUAGGAACCAGGGAAGGAGUGGGUGACAUGAAAAGCCUGUCCAGCAUUGACAGCUACAUCAGUUGUGCUACAGACUUCCAGGAGAAUCCACGCUUCAACCAUAGUCCAGCAAUGGACAUUGGUCUUCAGGAAAGCAACAGGUUCUCUCACAGUCCGGCUAUAGCUUUUUCCCAGCAUGGGAACGCAAAAAUAGGCCAACAAAUCACUGGGGAGCGUGAGCCCAUGUUGACUCCCAUCACAAAACCCUCAUACUCAGAAAAUGCUCGGAGAUUCUUUUUUCCUGGCAACUCCUCAAAAAGCAUUAUACCCAAAGGAGGCUGUCGCAGCGAUAGGGGGUCAGGCCCGUCCCCGCUCUCAGACAGCUCAGUCCAGUCAGACAACUCUCUGUUAAGCCCGGAAGUUUCCGUCUACACAACCGCCAGCAGCAGAACUCCACCGAAGUCCCCAGAGAGCACGACCCUGGCGGCAACUGUCUUCACCUUCCACGACUCCUCCAUUAGCAAAUACAUCGACGCCGAUACAGAUGAUGAUGAGCACCUCCGCGACAUCUCUGAAGCCAGUCCUUCAGAGCGUCUUUUGGCUGGUUCAAGCCCAAAACGCAGCAUCAACAUCAAUUACCAGAAGGGCACCAACCAUUUAGAAACAGCCCAAAAAAUGCUUGGCCAGAACUGUCUGUUCCCGAAUGAAGGAAUUCGUAGGGUAGUUCAUGAGAAUCAUGUAGGACCUGAGAUGGCACGUAGACCAAAGGUUGACAGGGGGCGUCAACAUACUUUGGAUAAAGGCCUCUGAGGCACAAGUGCAGCAGAAAGGAACAGGGAGCUGGAGCAGAGUGUUUAUGAUGGAGACAUCGGACAGACUAAAAACACUAUCUUAUCCAGAGACAAAGAGGAAUAGACAAAGGAUCUCACCAAAACAUUUCACAAAUUAUCUGAGCAUGCCAUAAGGCACUACGCUCAGGGUCAACAGGUGUGGUGAAUACUCUGGGAGAAAAAAAACGUCAACAUUGGAGAAUGUCACUGCCCCUCCUUCAACUCAUUCCUACUACUGGUGUUACACAAAACAAAAGAGCACUCCCAGGUAACCUACGGGUCUGUUCAGAGAUACCCGUGGAAUCAGAGUCGACAGAGAAAUGUGGUGAGUUUAAGCAGCAGGGGGAUAUCUCUUAUCUCUCCAGGAAAUAAAUCCUGGAAAUAAAGCUGCCGGCUAUCCCAUUACUGAUUCCCAGUUCAUUUUGUAGUCUUGGAGAUACAGGAGAGGACCUACAAGCCUAUAAACUACUAACUUGUGCCCUCCAUUCCCAAAACUGGCCUUAGUCAUUUACAUUUGUAGAGGUGUGCAUGUCUGCAUAUACCGUAAAGGUAUAUGUGCAUGUGUGUGAGUUAGUGUGAAUGUUGAUGGGUGAUCUAAUGGUAAUUCAUGGAUACACACUCUUGAGAUUGUCUUAUCUGAUUUAUUUUUAUAUAGAAAGUCCCUUAUAAAUAUAUGUAAUUUGCUAGUCUGCUGUGUCAUAUUCAUACGUGAAGAGUAAUCUUGUGUAAGGUCAAAUGUCUUGGCACAGCAGCAGUUAUCGAAAGCUCCAGCCCAUCAUCAACUGAACACUCUUUCUUGAACAGUAUUUUGCUAUUCCCUAUCAUGACAUGGUGAGAAUGGAUGAUACUUUCAAAUAUUGACCAGUGAAUAUUGUCCUAGCACCCCAGUAUGAUUUUAAGGGAUGGUAGUGGUAGUGGACCAAUCAUUUUGUAUAUGGGGUAACAUAGGAGCCUGAGAUAAUAAGCUUGAUUGCUGCAUAAAGCGCACAUUUAUGAAGCAUGCAUGCAUCCAACCAGUCAACAUACAAAAACAUGAGAUGCUUUAGAAAAUGAAAUAUAUAAAAAUCCAAUAAUAUCGUUUUUUCUUUACAGUAGGAGCAGAUGUUCAGCAUGCAUUGGCCUUCUUUUGACCAACACAAAAGCAUCUAAUGUAUUCACGCUCAGAUAAUGGAAUAUGUGUGUAUUCCAUCUCUACUUUGCUCCUUUAAUCGUCAAAUACACUUUAAUGGCACUAAAUAUACUCUGCCAGGUUAACGUUACUGUAGGCAAGUCAGUUGUAAAUGCGGACCUGAUAAAACUCAUGCAUGAGCACACACACACACUAAUGACUCAUACAGGCAUGAAAAACCAUUUUCAGGAUACAUCGAUACAUUUAGUUUCCAUGGAGACAGCAGCCUUUUUUAAGGGUGGCUGCAGCUCAGCAAAGGUUUGUUAAUUAGGGCGGGAAAGUCUGAUUGCAUUUAACGUUUGUUUAACACAUACACAUGAACACACACACACAGGCAUGUACCAAUAAAGUGACAGGUAUGCACAGUAGACACAUGUUACCAGAGCCACUUCUCACUGUGCAUAUUUAUGAGUACUGAAGCAACAUUAUGAUGCCUUGUUAUGUUCAUGUGUUAAAUCUCUAUAGUAUUCCAUAAAUACUACAACUCAACAAUGCAUUGUCUAUUAUCUGUUUGUAUUUCCACAUAGCAGUCUUACAUAACAACCAGAAACCAACAUAUAGAGGGACAAAGUGCUGUAUUUAAACCAAAAUCCUGGACUUAAAAAAUAUGAAUUUAUUUAUUUAUUAAUAUUGUCUUCACCCCCGUAUAUAGACCAUUCUUACAUGAGCAGGGUAACUAUAAAGGGUUAACAACCCACUGUUCCCCCCUCAGCCCCAAAUAUGAUUUCAACUAUGAAGGUACAACCUUUUUUAAUGCCUUUAACAUUUCUCAAGAACUCAACAUGACUGUCUCUAACUUUAACAAGAUUAGCCCUCUAAUAAAACUCUGAGGAAACUGUAGAAGCUUCCUGUCCUAAAUAUAGUAGUGGAAGAUAUAAAUAAAAUAGGACAUUGCUCUAUAAUACAAGUAGGUGUUGAGUAUACAAUUGUAUACAAAAGUCAACAGAAGGUGAUCGUCAUGCAUUUCUUAGUGUUUUUGUCCAGAGUCUAAUCACAAAUCCUGAUUUAUUUUCCGUUUUAAUCACAGAGUUGAACCAUUUCAUAUUGCUCUCGGUUAGUGAAAGGAGCUGAGGUGUGGAGGGAAUAACAAUGACUGUGAGAGGCAGAGAAAACCGUGUGUGUGUGUGUGUGUGUAUGUGUGUGUGUGACAGCUGUACAGCCAGAACAUUAGAGCAGUAAGGAAUGAACUGUUUGUGAAUGAAUGCAUGUUGGGGGAAUCCUGCUUCUUGUCUCUAAAUAUUCUAUCUGCAGUUCUUACUCUUACAUACAGCAGUAACACAGGUUAUACCUUAAUCAUAUGAGAUUACUCACACAUUUGAUUUUAUAGGGAGUGAAGCCUAAUUUAAAGCUGAGAAGUGACUUCAUAUAAUUAGUCAAGGAUUGAUGGUUUGAGCUGCUGAUAAAUUCAUGUAAUGCAGCUGCAUACACUAUGUAUGAUACAAAAUAUUUGUUUAAUUCAUUUUCUUACAAUUUUUCCUUUUGGUGAAAAGGAAAACAAUGGCAAUCGAAAAUAUUUUGAAAGAAAAAAUUGAUUGUCUGCAAAAUGGUGUUAUCAAAUGAAAGGAUUUGAUUUGAGUAAAAGGCGUAUGGCAAAACAAUUGACUGCAGCUAUCUAACACUUUCCAGAUGGCCUUUGGUGAAAUUCAGAGUGAAUCAGUUUUGAAUGUCUCCCUAAAAACGUGUUGUGAAUGGCUGUUCCGUUGAUUAUAUUUGUACAUUACUGUAUGUCUUUUCACAUAAAUGUGUAUAAUUCUCCAUAUCCCAUUGCAAGGUGGAAUUGGCAACUUCAAUUAUAUGAAAUUACAUUAAAUGCAAGCUUAGUCUAUUAUAUUUCAUUUCAUUUUGGUUAGACAAAACCAGUCUUAACACACAUUUGGAGUACCGACCCGCUUCAUGUAAGCUCCAUUAGAUAUGUGUCUUUAUCUUAUGAAAGUCAAGGCCAAUGCAUGCAAAUAUCUGUAACCCAGUCUCACCUAAAUUUCAUUGUGGAUUUAAAAAUAAGUAGUCAAAUAAGCUCAUUACAUCAUUACAAAAAAUUAAUGAUUAAGUUUCAUUUUCAACGCUACGAUAAAGGGCAUUCAGAUCACAUAACCUCUCAUGAAGAAUCCUAUGAGCACCUGUCGCAUCAUUUAGGUUUUCUAUUAUGGCAGUCAGGGACCAUGUUUCACUGAAAUAUCUCUAAACAAUGAUGACAAUCAAUAUUUCAUAAAUAGAUAGCAAGUACUAUUGUGGAGAACUGAGAUUUAUUAUGGGAAGAUAUUACACAAUAGUGCACCCAUGUGCAUCAACACAAAGCAAGUGCUUAAAUCCUUACACUGGUAUUGAUACUCUUACGUUUUUAGACUAGUGCAAAAGAAACAUCAAGCAUGAUGUUGUGAUUUCAUACUAGACUGCGAUACUGUGACAUAAUACCACCAUAAUACAAGAACAUAUUGAUUUGGUCAUUCUUUAAAUGCAUUUUCUUAUGUUCAUUCUUGUUUUUAUUUUAAUCUAAAAGGGAUUUUUAUUUCACUGAUAUCACUACAGAGAAAUUCAUACUAAGCCAUUAUUCUUGAUGAAGAAAACACAAUCAAGUUAUUUAUUUCUCAUUUAUUGAUACAAACUAAGAAAAAGAGCACAGAUUCAUUAACUUUUCCAUAACAAGACUCCCAACUGUACAGUGAAUGCAUUUAGUUUACGUAAGUUAACUUACAAUAGAACUUGGUUGUCGCUCUAGCUGCUAAAUGUGUGAAAAGGUUCAAGUCGGUUUUUUGGUUAGAACCCCAUAGGACCCUUUUCAAGGACAUGUGGUAGUUUCUAAAACCCAGUGAGAUCCACUGCUUUAGCAAGUAGCCCAAUUUACUCUGAAUCUAACACUGUAUUACAGGGUUGGGGUCUAUUCAGAAUGCCUUGAUUAAGUAAAACACAAAUAACAUAUUACACUGUAAAAGGAACCAGUAUUAGAGCAUGAGGUAAAUAAAAACAUACUAAAAUACAAACUAAAACAUCAUCUAUAUUUUUUCAAUGUUUUAAGCUCUCAGUGGAAUUGACCCCAACCUUGCCUAAGCCAUCAGUCUUUGUAAAGUACACUGUUUCCAGGGAAGUGAAAAAAUAUAUUUGAAAGACCUUAGCCAGCUCUUAUACAAUGUUCUUUGUAGGUCCCGAGGCUGUCUGUUUUGUACAAAAAAAGAAAAAACAUUUGUACGUGUUGACUUUCUAUGCUGUUGUUUCUGUAUCAAUGUUUUAUUGUUCUGUGCAUGUUGUACCUUUGGCGUUGUGACUGGUUGUGAUUCACACAGAACCAGUACUUGUCAUGUUAAAAAAGUGUCUCAAUGUCCCAAGAUAGUUCUAUUUCUCAACAAAAGCAACAUUUCCCUUGAAUGAAAUAAAUCAGAUCACUUUACAUUUUGA